AUGAACAGUUCCAAUCAUGAUUCGAUCAUUAUCCGAACGGUGACACAAAAGUUUCGCGAAGGUGAAUCCGUACUGGCCAUACUUGAAGCAUACCAAAUCGUCGGCAAUAACUUCCAAAACAGGCUGCUAGUCACGGUUGGGUCCAGCGAAACGGCGGCCCUGAUUUGCUUCACCGUUUCUCGCAACCCCCCGGAAAGUAUAUCCGAUCUGACGAUUGGGACCGUUUUCCCGAUAAAUGAGUCAUUUUUCAUCAAUCCAGAUUCCGGUUUCGGUGCGGUGUCCAAUCGCCAGUUCACCGUCUUCUCGGAAAACCAACCUACCACCUAUUAUUAUCGCGCCACGGAUGAAGCCAGCGCAGCGAAGGAUCAUUUUUUGGACAAUCUUAAAAACCUAAUCGCAUCGUAUCAUGCAGCACCGGAGCAGGCACAUUCAGUAUCUGCCUUCGAUUGGCUGCGAUACUACAAACCGGCGGACGAUAGUUCCAGUUUGUUGGCAAUUGAUCGCAGUGUGGCAGAUGGCAGCCAGGCACUUAAAACGCGCGAUGCCAAAUUUCGCGAGGAAUUGGAACGGCGCCGGCACGAGUACAUCGUAUACGAACCUUACCAUGUGUAUACAGCGACGUGGAAUGUCAACGGGCAAACGUCCGAGACCAUCGAGCUACCGGAGUGGCUAGCGACUACCGACAGCCCGCCCGAUAUUUACGCCGUUGGUUUUCAGGAGAUCGAAUGGACGCCGGAGAAAAUUUUGAUGAACGAAACCAAAAUCGAUCGUACUUGGGUAGAUAAGGUUAUGAGCGGGCUUCAUAAAGGGGCCACCUAUAUCGAGCUUGCUUCGAUACGGCUGGUGGGUAUGAUGCUAACUGUCGCCGUUAAAAGUUCCAUCUAUCCGAGAAUAAGUGGCUGUCUCACGUCUGCUGUGGGCACAGGAACUCUAAAAUGGGGCAAUAAAGGUGGUGUGGGGGUGAGUUUUCAACUAAACGAAGCUCUGUUUUGCUUCGUCAACACGCACCUGGCCGCUCACACGCAAGAAGUCGAACGAAGGAAUGACGAUCACGACGAAAUUAUACGCCGCAUGUCGUUCGAUAAUGGAUUUCGAAUGCGUGCGAUCGAUGAACAUCAUCACAUUUUCUGGAUCGGUGAUUUGAAUUACCGCCUGGAAGGUCCGGAUGUUUCGCAGGAAUACGUUAACCGAAAAGACCGGGACUAUAAUCAGCUUUACCACCAUGAUCAGCUGUACAUAGAAAAACGCAGGCUGCGCAUCUUCCGAGACUACAAGGAAGGCAAGAUUCUGUUUCCACCAACCUACAAGUACAACCCUGGCACCGACGAAUGGGACAGUAGUGAAAAAAGUCGCACGCCAGCUUGGUGCGAUCGAAUCCUGUGGAAGGGUCAGCGGAUGGAACUGCUUAGGUACAACAGUGUGAUGCAGCUGAGGAAAAGCGACCAUAAACCGGUGUAUGCGGACUUCAAGGUCGAUGCUCAAACCAGGGAUCAGGAAAAACUGAAAAGAGUUAGCGAAGAAGUGCUGAAAACUGUCGACAAGUACGAGAACGAUAAUCAACCGCAGAUUACCGUGGAACAAACCGAUCUAGAUUUCGGUCUGAUCCGGUUUAAUGAGAAGUACUCCCGGGAGCUGUUGGUUGCGAACAAUUGCCAUCUUCCCGUACAUUUCCGAUUUGCUUGUAAGGACGACCAAAAUAGCCAGGUGUGCGAGAAUUUCAUCCACAUCAGCCACCGAUCAGGGGAGCUGCUGACUGGCAAUAGUUUGAGCAUUCGCAUUGAUAUCUUGGUCGAUGCCCCGGCUGCUUCGCGGAUGCUGUCCAAACUUAAGGAUGCCCAGGCAGGUGUGAAGGUGCCGCUGGAUAUUCUAGUACUGCACGUGGAGAACGGCCGGGACAUUUUUAUUACCAUAUUCGGCGAGUACAAGCCGAGCUGUUUCGGCGUAUCGCUCGACACGUUGAUGAAGCUGAACAAACCGGUGUCGGAAUACGCAAUCCAUGAGCUGGUGGCGUUGAACUACGAGGAGAAGCUAAUCGAUCUUGUGGGGGAUGAAGUUGGAGGCAACCAUCUGCGAUUACCGCGGGAAAUCUGGCGCCUGGUAGACAAUCUGCGGAAGAUGGGCUCUCAGACACCGCAGCUGUUUAACGUGAACCGCAAAUUGGGUCAGGUGGAUGCGGCAAAUUUACUCGAAAUUCGUGACUGGCUGGACAGUUGGUCGACAGCAGAUUUUCCCGGUACUGCACACACGACCGCCGAAGCGUUGUUAAUGAUGCUUGAAGCCCUGCCGGAACCGGUAGUUACGAUCAGCGAGCGGGAGUGUAUCGUCAGCUCGGAUAACUUUGAACGCUGCAAGGAGCUGCUCAGGGCAAAGCUCAAGCCCGUCAACCGACUCGUGUUUCUCUACAUAUGUUUCUUUCUGCAGGACCUCCGGAUGGCAAAUUCAUCUAUUCGGAUCGAAACACUCGCGGGUUUGUUUGGACGAAUUCUCAUUCGCAGCCAAUUGCCGGCGAAGCCAGACUUUGGCAACAGUAUUUAUGCGUAUACCGAGGGUGAACGGGACCAGCGAAGAAAGUUCAUGAUGACUUUAUUGAAUAAUAAUUUGCGAGACUUUGCACGCCAGGAAAUGAGCUCGCAAUGAGAAUUAUAGUGAGCGAUGUAAGCUGACAAAUGGCUGUAAAAUAACAACAUUCGGAAUUGGAACGGAAUGGGAUAAGUGUGCGUGUAUGUGUGUAAAGGACAUUAAACAUUCACGGCGUGUACCAUAAUAGUUUACGCACGACACCAAACAGUUCACGUAAUUUUACUUUAUCACAACUAUGCACCUUACAGGGAGGAUCUCCAUUGUUAUGCGGCGUAACUGUUGUACUCAACGAAGCGAAUUCCGAAAACCCUUUCCCGCCAUUCGUUUAACGGCAUAAUUUUAAAUUGGGAAUCAUCGUGUGCGUAAUUAUGCAAGCAAAUAAAAGGAAGUGAUAAUGAAUUA